CGCCAUCUUUUUAGCUCCGCAGUCGCAGUACAUCACGUAUUGCGUUGCGUAGUUUUGAGACCGGCUCGCCCUCUUCCGUCUACCGUCACACCUUUCCUUUCUUCACCAUUCUUGUAAAUUUGUCAAUCAUAUAGGUGAAGGGAGUAGUUGGAUUAAUUUUUGACGUUUUAUGUUUUGUAAGUUCUUUCAUCAUUUAGCAUUUUCUACAAAAAAUGACUGCCACUCUACGUCCUUAUCUGAAUGCAGUGAGACAUACGCUGACAGCUGCCAUGUGUCUUGAUAACUUCUCUUCCCAAACGAUAGAACGCCACAAUAAACCCGAAGUCGAAGUAAGGACUAGCAGGGAAUUGCUCUUGAUGCCUGUUGUGAUAAGUCGCAAUGACAGAGAAAGAGUUCUAAUCGAAGGAUCGAUCAAUUCAGUGCGCAUCAGUAUUGCAGUGAAGCAGGCGGAUGAAAUCGAAGCCAUCCUCUGUAGGAAGUUCAUGAGAUUUAUGAUGAUGCGCGCUGAGAACUUCAUCAUACUUCGUCGCAAACCCAUUGAGGGAUAUGAUAUUAGCUUCCUGAUCACAAACAACCACACUGAACAAAUGUACAAGCAUAAAUUGGUUGACUUUGUGCUGCAUUUCAUGGAAGAAAUAGACAAGGAGAUCAGCGAGAUGAAGCUCGCUGUCAAUGCCAGAGCGAGAAUCUGCUCUGAAGAAUUUCUCAAAAGAUUCUAAAUGGAGUUGAAACCAGUACGCGAUCAAAGGCCGAAAGUAUUUCAUUGUUAAUAAAUGACCUCCUGACAAUUACUUGAGGUUUAGGUGAUUUUCAUGACUUGCAAUCUCAAAAUCUCUUGGAUUAGUAUUUACCUUUUUAUACUAUUUUUAUCUAAUUUGCAUUGAUAGUUGUUACAAGUUGUGUGCAAUAAUUUGUGUAAAGGUUAAACUACACAUACUCUGGUUCUCCUUAGUCGUCUGCAGGCAAGAUGAAACUAGACCUUAGCGGCUCCUUUAAAAGCUACAUUCGAAGGAAAGCAAAAGUUUACUGGGAAAAUAAUUAGUAACCUCAGUAUACACUAACUUCUUUUAUGCUAUGAUCUGCGAAAACCAGAAUAUGUGUUACUAGCCAUUGAGAGGGAUCAGUUAUACAAUAAUCAGCAACAAAAUUGUUUUGUAGAUGCAACAUUUUUUAGAUGCUAGUAUACUAAAGCAUAGGCAGGUCCUAUAAAAAUAUUUAUAUAUCUCGCGUAUUGUAUCAAAAGACUUUUGCUUGCCGUAUCAAUAUUUUAUUGAUAAGUCGUGAAGUGUUGUCUCACAAGGUGUAAUAUGUGGAUAUUAAUUUACAGCUAAAUUAGGAAGCAACAUAUUUCCAUUUCGAUACUAAAAUAAAUUGGAAAUUCCUAUUAAAAAGAAAUGCUCAUCUAAAAAUUGAACAACUAGUCUGUAAAAUAAUUAUUGGCUUGAAUUCUAUAGCUUUAAAAUUACAAAAUUUAUUAGAAAUGAAAUUAUGAAAUGAAUUAGAUUAGGAUAAUCAAAUAAAUUAGAAAUGAAAUUAUGCAAUUAAUUGGAAAUUAAAUUAUUUAUUAUGAAAUAGAUUAUAUUAGGGUAAUAAACUAGUUAUUCUAAACAAAAUUAUUACUUGCUGGAAUACUCAAAGAUUAGUUGGCCUAUUACUAAGAAAUGAAUGUAGAAUGUAAAUUUGAAUAAAAUGAACAGACUUGCAAAUUCACGAUAAGGGAUCUAGAAUGUGUCAUCUGGAGGUGCCAAUUCUUAUUCUUUUUUAUUCCAAAAAAGUUACCACACCUUGCACUCUUUGUGAAAGAGCACAUCAUUCAUGACGAAUAUCUUCAUUAUAUCGUUACGGUAUGCAAAUUCCCCUAAUUGUUCUAAAUUAUGUGUGAAGUACAUUUAAAAUUAGUUAUUAACAAUUAUUCUAAAUUAAUUGAGGCUCCAAUUUAAUAGCUUAUCUUAGCAAUGUAAUAGAGUAUCAUAUAGGCAGGACCUAUAUAAUGUGUGUUUGUUCCUCUGAUUAGAGCUAUAAGACAGUUACUUUUUGGUAACAAGUGAUUAGAAUGAACUGUUGAAUAAUAUGUAAUAAAUAAUAAUAAUAAUAACCUAACACCACUUUUUUCCUGAGGAAAUGCAACUACGCACUGUGUGCUGUAACUUGUUAUUAAAUUUGAAUGAUGCAAUGCACAUUAUAUCUGAAUUUCAAUUAGAAAACACUUGUUUUAUAAAAUCAUGUUGAUGGUUUUUAUAUUAUAUAUUGUUCUCUUUGAUAUAUAAAUUUGUUGAAAGCUUUCCAAUGUUGGUAAGCUGCAAUAAUAUUGAGGCUGAUCUGUUCAAAAGGUGUUCUCAUUGUCUGUAUGAGUAUAAUGCACUGUGGAAUACCUCGCUACGCUGCUUUGUAGUAUCUUGAGUUUGCACUCAUACAAUACAAAGCAUCUAGAAUGAUUUUCCACAGCGCAAGUCACAUUUCAUCUGUAUCGAUCGUUAGGGAAACCCAUCUCAGGGAAACUAAUUUAGCAUCAUAAAAAUUCAAUUUUGUUUUAAAAUAUCUACAUUAACAUUAAAUCACAGUUAUCUCUUUCGAUUUUGAAUGAUAAUAUGAUAAUAUUAUUUCAGAUUUUUCUCAUGUUCAAACCAUUCCAUUUUUGUCUAUAAAGCGUUAGAUUGCCAUAUAACAUUUCUGUUAGUUCUAUUUGGCUGUCUUUUCUAGCGUACUUAAAGCGUGCAACCAGUACUUUUAUUUUAUUAAUUGUUCCAAACUGGUUUCAAUAAUUUUGAUUUAGAAACGUAGGUGUGUAUGCCUAGUUAUCCCAAAGAAGCCUACUUGGUACCUCGUGGUACUUUUGGAUCAGAAGUUAUCGAGAACAUGGAAGACCAAUCGCUGCACAGAACCUUCUUAUGCAAAUAACUAUUAUCGAGAUUGAUUACCAGGAAUAGUAAGGAUGAUAAUGUCCACGAUCCAUGCCUAAAGGCUGCUAGAGAAGACUCAUCCAGGUAAAAAUAGCAAAUGGUGACAAAAUUUAUUCAGUUUUUUUCUGUACUUUUCUUUCUUGUCACAUCAAGUGAAUUAUAGUGAUUAAUUGUGAAGGUUUAUAAGUUUUUGUUGUUAAUUAAGGAUUGAGAUUAUUUUUAUAUUGAAGUAAGUAGACAAUAAUCACAACUUGAUAAUAGAGACUAUUAUUUUUUUUCAGAUAUGUUUCAAUCUAUUUAGUAUAGUAAGUUCUUCGUUCUCAUUUCGUGCUUUGAUUCGCUACUGUUUCCAUUUUCUUACUUUGAUUUCUAGCGUUCAUUUGUUUUUCAACAUUAUUUAUUUAUUUAUUCCAUAUCAAAUGCGAUAUUAAGAGUUAAGAUUAUGUUGUUUCAAGAUUUUCUAUUAUUGUUACGGAUAGACAUUUCGAACUUUUUUGUAAUAAAUAUAAUUAAUUGAAAUACGU